GUAUAAUGUUAUUUAAGGCGCAGCAGAGCGACUGUUUCUUGAUUGCUUCCGCAUGUCGGUCAGCUGACACCCACGUGAUCCUGCGUGCUGUUAAGCGAGCACGGCUGGCGCGAGCCCGUGUUCAGUUAGUUCGUGAAGAAUUGAAGCGAUGGCAUCUCGGUGCAUAAUUCUCAUUUGUCUCAGCCUUUCCGCUGUGAAUGGUGUAUUCUUGGAGCUUGACCAGGAUGUCUCCAUUCCCAAAGGCUGGAAACAUUUAGAACGUUUAUCUGUGAAUGAGGAUAUUAUGCUGACAUUUGUUCUAAAACAACAGAAUCUGGAUAUACUGAAGGAGAUUUUUUAUGAUGUGUCAGACCCGGACUCUGUUAAUUAUGGGAAAUACAUGUCCCUGGAGCAGAUAGGUGUACUGAUCCAGCCCUCUGCAGAGACACAAAAGGUGGUACAGCAGUGGCUUCAGAAUCACAAUAUUGCCAACUGUUCCUCUGUUAUAACGAAGGACUUUGUGCAGUGCAUCAUGCCUGUCAGAGUGGCUGAAGAAUUGCUGCCUGGUGCAGAAUUCCAUCGUUACACCAAUGGCCAUGUAUCAAUAAUAAGGUCUCCUUCCCUUUACACAGUGCACAGUGAUCUAGCAAAACACCUGGACUUUGUUAGUGGACCGCAUCGCUUUCCCUCUGAGAAGAUGGCUCUGAAAUAUUAUGAGAGUAAAUGGAAAGCGGCGAACUGGCAGUUUCACCUUGGUGUCACACCCAGUAUUGUUAGAAAACGGUAUAACCUCACAGCCAGUGAUGUUGCCUCUUUUGAGAACAGCAGCCAGGCUGUGUCUCAGUUUCUGGAGCAGUACUUCCAUCCAGCAGAUUUGGCAGAGUUCAUGAAACUCUUUGGUGGUGGGUUUGAGCAUCGCUCCCAGGUGGAUCGGAUUGUGGGCACCCAAGGAAGUGGUAAGGCAGGCUUGGAAGCCAGUCUGGAUGUUGAAUAUAUCAUGAGUACUGGAGCCAACAUUUCCACAUGGAUCUUCUCAACUCCAGGAAGACAUGAAUCGCAAGAACCAUUCCUGGAGUGGAUGUUACUGCUAAACAACAUGUCUUCGAUUCCUUUGGUUCAGUCCAUUAGCUAUGGUGAUUAUGAGGACAGCCUUUCCGUGGCCUACAUGGAGAGGAUCAGUACAGAGUUUAUGAAGGCUGGAGUUCGUGGGGUCACCAUUUUGUUUUCCUCUGGGGAUGAUGGAGCUGGCUGCAAACACGUCAGCAAAGAUGUUAAUGUCUUCAGUCCUCAAUUCCCAGCAUCCAGUCCUUAUGUGACCACGGUUGGAGGGACAUCCUUCAAGAAUCCCUUCAAAAUUACUUACGAGGUGACGGACUAUAUCAGUGGAGGUGGAUUUAGCAACGUCUUUCCGAUGCCAGACUAUCAGGUACAAGCAGUGAAGUCUUAUCUUAGUACAACGAAGAAGCUUCCUCCUCAGACGUACUACAACAUCAGUGGCCGUGCGUACCCCGACGUGGCAGCUUUGUCUGAUAACUACUGGAUUGUAGUCAACCGGGUGCCAAUGCCUUGGGUGUCCGGAACAUCAGCAUCUACUCCAGUAUUUGCAGGAAUCUUGGCUCUGAUUAAUGAUCGUCGUUUCACGAAAGGUUUACCAUCUCUUGGUUUCUUGAAUCCUCGACUUUACAAGCUGCAGCAACAAAAAAAUGACGCACUCUUUGACGUGACGGAGGGUUGCCACUUGGCCUGCAUUGAUGAUCAAGUCCAAGGGCAGGGGUUCUGUGCUGCGCCUGCUUGGGAUCCCGUCACUGGCUGGGGGACCCCAAACUACCCCGGGCUCCUGGAGGCACUCGGUAACGACAAGUAGCUGGCAGCUGCAGCCGAGUCUCUAGCUCUGUGUGCCAUUUCUAAUCUGACUUGAUUGUGGUGCCGUCCGCUGGUUUGGUCUUUUAGGUGAAGUUCUUCUGCCCUUUUUUUUUUUUUUUUAAUUCGGAUAGCAGACUAAAUCUUUUUAGAUUGUAAUCUUCAUGGCCAGAAGGCGAAUGUCAGCCUGCCAACUGCACUUAAUGCAAAUAUCAGUUUGAAAAGGUGGUGUGCAGUCCAGCGUCUAGGGGGGGUGUGGGUCUCAUUUUAAUAAUCAAGCCCUCCAGCCCCCAAAUUUAAAUACAAACAAUUGAAAGUAUGAGAGUUUUCUGCUGUUCACGUGUUAAGGUUUUUGUUCCUCUGCAUCUUUGUUGUCAUCUGUGCCAGUUUACCUCAAGACGAGGGUCUUUAAGCCACCCAAAAAGUGCACUGCUGUUUAUUGGCCUGAAGGCAGGAAUUUUACAUUUAUACCGUCUGGGGGCUUUCGAGGGCCUGAUGGAGGAGUUUGGCAUCACCGCCAUUUGUUUCCCUUCUGCUCCUCCACUUCUAGCUGCCUGCCACCCACCGCUAGCUCUGAUUACGCACCACCUCUCCUCUAAGAGAUCACGGCCCGUUUUAAUUUCUUUUGAAUUGAGCUGCUAGAAAGUGUUCUGUGAUGGUGGAUCAGCAGCACUUUAGCCUGAAGAUGGCCCUGCUGUAGUAGGAGGAAGAUGACAAAGAAACCACCCUCGUACAAGGGUGGUGUGGCCCUACAGUUGGAUGUUGUGAUCGGCGCCAGUUAAACUGAUCGCUGGCCAGCAUGUAAGUGUUGCUGCAGCAUGAAAGUCUUCUCUUGGCUGAAACAGCUUUUUUAAAAUAAAUCAAUAAAUGAAAGUCUGCUACAAGAAACACAGACUGGCAUCACUUGACUAAUCCCCCGUUUGUGCCACUGCUAACAAUCUGACAGUGCAGUUGAAAUAAGAGGUGGUGGGCUACGGACAACCCUGAUUUUCAUGUUAAGUACGUGUGCUUGGCGCAGACACAGUAAGCGGCGGCCGGUCGAAGCUUUCAUCUUAUUGGGUUUUCACAUUUCUGUCCUUUUUUUAAUGGCCGGGGAUGCAGGAUUACAUCUUGAGGCCUCUCCCUCUGUUAGAGCUCUUCUAGAAAUGUGCAAUACUGGGCUGUGGACGGACCACUGGGCUCAUACUGGUCACUAAUUCUGACAAAUGUAAAACUGAAAUGUGAAAAUAAUUUAAUAUUUUUACACUGAAACAAUCAAAAAUAAAGUGCAAUUUGAAAACCUU